AUGCAGCCAUUGACCUAUAUCUAUGUCACUGAAAUAUUCCCCUUUGUACACCGUGCCAAAGGGAUUGCUAUCUUGCAGUUCUUUACACGUGGAAGCACUACAUUUAAUUCAUUCGUGAACCCUAUUGGUAUGGAUGAUCUUGGAUGGAAGUUCUAUCUGGUUUAUGUGGUCUGGCUGGUUAUCGAGACGAGCAUCAUCUUCUUCCUGUAUCCCGAGACUAAGGGGCCAACCCUUGAGGAUAUUUCACACAUCUUUGAUGGUCCUAAGGCAGGCGGAGACGAAAAGACAGGAGAUGAUGAAAAACAGGAAAACAGGAAAUUAGCCACGUUGAUAUAA